CAAUCCUACGCGUUUCGUCGCAUCGUCGCAUGCGCUCUCCGCGGGUUAGUCCCGGCGGUUUCUUGGAUCGCCUCUCGCCGGCUGCCCCGACCCGCGGCAGAAGUGUUCAUUGAAGUAAAAAAGCAAAUUGCUUCUAUUUUCAUUGCUGGAAGUCGUAGUAAAACACUUUGCUGAGUCAAGUAUACAGCAAUGAAGGUGGGGCACUUCAACGUGCAAGGCCAACAAAAGGAGUGAAGUGUUAUCAGUUGUGGAAAUUACGCUUCACUGAUAUGAAGGGUGUUACAGUACCUCGCACAAGAGCAAGUCCAAGAAGACGCAUAUGGAUAUCAGUGGUUGUAAUAUUCAUCACCAUCACUGUGCUAUGGGCUUAUCUCUAUCCGCCCCAGGAUUAUUCCUAUCCUGUUAGGGAUUGGUUCCCCUCAGAACCUACCCGGGAGCUUACCGAUGCGGAGACUGCUUCACGUGUUGUCUUCAGGCAGAUCCUCUCGACACCUCCUUUCAUAUCAAGGAACCCGAAAAUUGCCUUCAUGUUCUUGACUCCAAGCAAACUUCCAUUUGAAAAAUUAUGGGAGUUGUUCUUUAAGGGUCAUGAGGGGAGAUACACCAUAUAUGUUCAUGCUUCACGGGAGAAGCCUGAACAUGUUAGUCCAAUAUUCGUUGGCCGAGACAUACACAGUGAGACGGUAGGAUGGGGAAUGAUUACAAUGGUUGAUGCAGAGAGGAGGUUGUUGGCCAAGGCUCUAGAAGAUAUAGAUAACCAGCAUUUUGUAUUGCUUUCAGAAAGCUGCGUUCCUCUUCACAAUUUUGAUUAUGUAUACGAUUUCCUGAUGGGAUCAAGACACAGUUUUCUAGACUGUUUUAACGAUCCUGGGCCACAUGGAGUUUAUAGAUACUCAAAGAAUAUGUUACCUGAGGUUCGAGAGUCAGAAUUCAGGAAGGGUUCUCAGUGGUUCUCAAUGAAGCGACAGCAUGCAAUGGUGGUGAUUGCAGACAGUCUUUAUUACACAAAAUUCAGGCUUUACUGCAGGCCUGGAAUGGAAGAAGGCCGCAAUUGCUAUGCAGACGAGCAUUAUCUGCCGACGUUAUUCAACAUGAUGGAUCCUGCUGGGAUUGCUAAUUGGUCUGUCACUUAUGUUGACUGGUCUGAAGGGAAAUGGCAUCCCAGAUCUUUCCGUGCUAAGGAUGUCACUUAUGAACUCCUAAAGAAUAUGACAUCGAUUGAUGUGAGCAACCACAUCACCAGUGAUGAGAAGAAAGAGCUCUUGCAGAGGCCUUGUUUGUGGAAUGGACUGAAGAGACCAUGCUACUUGUUUGCAAGGAAAUUUUAUCCUGAAGCAUUAGACAAUCUUGUGAACUUAUUUUCAAACUACACAAUUUUCUGA